GCAACUUUAAAUCUUUGCAGAUUGGGUUGCACUCUCAACCCUGCCUCUCUCAAUGAGAGACCAUGAUUCACAACAGGGUCUAUCAGUGUAGCCCUUACUGUAUUUCAUCAGACAUAAAAUUCGAUGUCUUCUUGGGGCCUCUCCGAAUAGUCCAAUCUCCUAAGCUAUAAGCCUCCUUUCCUAUACCUUAACCCCUGAACGUCAUCGGGGUUAAGGAGAGAUGAAAGGUGCUUCCUAUCGAACAUAGGAAAAUACAGCAAUGUUUCAAAUGAAUUCGACUCCACUUUUCCUAGUUUUACAACACUAGCCUAUUUUGAUCCAUGCGUUCUUUUCAUAUUGAUUUUAAUCAGGUUUUCGCCAACAGAGUGAGAAUCCCUCCGAUAUAUCCCAAUUCACAUGUGGAUAAAUCUUCCUCUCUUCUCCUCUCCUCUCUUCUGUUUUACCUCUUGUUCGUAUGAAUUUGUGUAGAGUCGGUAAACUCCGGCGGUGGCCUGUUGCUUUAAGUCUUGCCGCCGUAAAGGAUUAUGGGAUACCACUAUCUCCUUUCCUUUCGCAUAGGUUGGUCCGGAGUAACCUAUGCUAAAGGAGGGUUAAAGGAAGAAUCAAGGCUCCUUUCCUAUGCCUUUCUUAAGUAUUUCGAGAAUUCGAAUCACCUAUCCGCCGAGUAUUUCCGGGUCAUCUCGAUAGGAAAGGAAAUUUCCUAUGCAAAAAAGACUAUUCGGAGAGGCCCUAGGUCUUCCACACAUCCACACUCUCACUGCCACUCUUCUCCCUCCACCAACCUUUCUUCCUUGGUCCAUUUCCAAAAGAGAGUAUUUUUGUACUUUCCCUAUAUACUGUACAUAUGUUCACUCACAAGUCUAAAACAAGACACCUUGUGUUUCAGUUGAAAUUGCAAUCCACAGUGUUUAAAAUGCACCAGGAUGAAAUCCAUUCUGUUUUGAAUGUGUGGUUUACAGUUGUGACAGCAGUGUGUUAGCAUUUGAACAAAGUGCUGAAAAUCCACAGUGUUGUGCAGGUUGUGAUAUAAGCCAUGAGAUAAGUGUGUAGAGUUCUGCAAAUUGUGUUUAAGCAAUGAAAAAUGAGCUAGUGGUUGGUCCACAGGAACUGCAUGCUGAGUUUUGCACGUGUCGCUCCAGUUGUGCCCACUGUGGUUAAGCGAUCAUAAAAAACUGUAUUGAAGUCCUCAGGUAAAACUAUACUCUAGCUUUACAAACCUUGCUCUGCUGAAGGCCUUUGCUCAAGCUGCCGCUUCAGUAAAGCAUUCUCCUCCUCCAGCAACUCUAUCCGGGUCUGCAGCUCUUCUGACUUCUUCUUCCAUUGGACUUUGCCUGGUUGAAAUAGAAUAUUUUCCAUAUUAACAACUGCAACAUAUGACAUGAUAGAUACAAAAUUCAUGUUAGUAGAGUAUAUGAGGCAAACCUUGUAGGAAAAGUAAAAUAUUUUUUUAUAUGCAUUAUAAUAUUUGAUCUAUAAAACAUACUACUGAAGUCUCGACUGGACACGCUAACAAGCAUAGAAGAAAUUAAAAUCUCCUCAUGAAGCACAUGAAUCUGCACCUGCCACUGUCAGGCAACUCGGAGUCCAACAAAAAUAAUCCCACACAAGGAUCAAUUCUGCCCCACCAUAAUAUGUGUUGGUGUGUUUUUCUGCACAAUCCUCCUCUCUCUGGAUGUGUUUUACAUAGCGUGGUUCCAGAGUACGCCUGUUUUAGGCACCUGAAUAUCUGUGGAUAGUCUUUAAUAAUCGUGAUUACACUGUCAAACAAAAUAAUCAUGAUUAUGAUUAUGAUUUUUGCCAUAAUAUACAUGCUGAUAUGUUCAGCGAUCAGAUGGAGAGGAGCGUCUCCCGUAGUCUACGGUGCCAACAGGUUCACGCUGCGCUUUGCAUGAAGUGUGUGUUUUUAUUUUUCUUCCCAACGGGACCGUCAAUACUGUCCCAGUGUCAGUUUGGAGCUGAACUGCGCCGAACUGCCAGCUGAUACACAGCUAAAUCAGCUGUGUUUCAGUUUGAGCCUAUACUUCUCGCGAGCCGCGCGUCCAGCAGCAAAAAUACAGUAGGCUAUACAUUAUGUUUCACAUCGUAGGCUACAAACCACAUAACGUGGCAUUGACAUAGGGCUACAUAUUAUAAUGAAACAACAAUAAUUUGAUGUUUUUCUUUUUUAUUUAUAGGCUAGAUGUAGGCAUUUUUAUUAUUUUUAACCCCAUAUUAUAUCAAUGAUAUAUUUCGCAGUUUUUAUUUCGUUCUUCCUGCUUCUCUCCACCCCAGAAUGUCUGUCCAAUGAAUGAAUGAUCUCAGAUCACGUGUGGUUUUGCUUCGUAAUGCUGGUUCACUUGCAAAAGUGGACCACACCAAACAAAAAAAAUCUAAAUUAUAUUUGGUCUGGACCAAAGCAAGUGAUCCAACGGACUUUCCAUGUGUGAAUACACCUUAAGUCACACCACUAAACAUCUAAAUGCAUGUGUAAUACCAUCUUAUGACACUAAGGUCACAGGUCACACGAGACAAAAACCUGCAAAAAUUAUGUAGAUAAAUAUCACUGGUAAGGGCUUCUGUUUUUGGUGAAAUACAGUUGCUUAUUUGCAGCUGAAUUAUUACUUUGAAAAGUAGUCUCGCCACCGUCUCGCAAUUAAUCGCUUGUGGUGGCGUUAAUAAAAAGACCCACAAUUUUAUGGUUCAUGGUCUAAAGCUAAUUAUGAGCCUUUGGUUGAUAUCCAGACAAUCCUCUAUUAUUCAGUUGGCAAUGACCACCCGCAACACUGCUACAUGCGCCAACGUAUGUGAAUAUCGAGACGGGAAGAAAAGUCUACGAUGUCGCCAAGCAGCUAUUAACGUUGUCACCCCCUAGCUAAGCAAAACUAACGUUACUAGCUCUUGCUGAGCCCGGCCAGAAACAGUUCUGAGUAUUACACUGACUUUUUGUACAAAUGUGUCAACCCAACUUACCAGCAGUAGGCAUAUCGGAGCUUUCUCCUUCAUUCCCCCGCUGUCCUUUUGCUCGGGUAGAGCGCUCAGGCCUUUCCACCAUAGGCCUAUUCAAAUUUCCAGGCGAGGCCGAUCUUAACUGAUGAAAAAUCAUAUGCUGGUACUGAAACAAGAGAUAGGCCUAACAUAAGUGGUUCACACAUACAAGUAAUGGCGCCUGCUUUCGAAAUAAAACAAUAACUGUUGAGAGAGGGUUGAUACUUACCAUAGCGACAAGAUCCAAUUUAUUUUGCGCGGACUAAUAGCUUCUUUCAACGGCACCGAGUUGGCGGUGCGGCUUAGCCAAUCGGACGGUAGAAGCGCUUGAUUAUUAUGAUUGAGUCAGGCAUCAACCAGGGAAUCAGCCAGAUUUUCAAAUCAGGGACUUUUUGGCCAGUAACAUCAGUUAUUUCCUCUGCCCACCGGUGCUAUGGCUUCGCUUGCGGGAACACUUUUGAGAAGAGUGAAUGUCAAGGAGACAAAAAAAACAUCAUUCAAGUUGAUAACAUGGUUGCAAAAGAAAAGGUUGCUGCAAAGAAAAGUGAAAUGCAAAAACUGCAGACACAAAAUGAAGAUGGUCUACUAUACACAGUCCACAGACCUCCACAUCUGGGAGUGCCGUCGUAAAAGAUGUCGACGUUUGAGGAGAAGUGUAAGGACCAAGUCUCUUUUCUCAAACUCACACUGUAGUCUCUUCACAUGGAUGGAGUACAUCCACAGAUUUGCACAGGGUUUGCAGCUACGGCAGGUAGACAUGCUUCAGGAUGGCAUCACUAAAAGCACUGCUACACUCUCAAUGAUGUCUAAAAAACUGCGAAGAAUUUGCCUAAAAAGCCUUAAAAGGCACAGGAAAGAAAAAGGCCAGAAAAUCGGUGGAGUCAACGCUAUCGUCCACAUUGACGAGAGCAAGUUCUGCCAUAAGCGCAAGUACGGAAAGGGCGCUUCGGGAACAGCUGGAGGAGAAAAAGGACAUGGGUCUUUGGAAUGCUCCAAAUCAAACAGUCUGACAGGCGUCCUAUUCUUCGCCUCGGACAGAGAAGAAAUAAGGAGACCCUUGUUCCUAUCAUCAAAAAGCAUGUGAAGCGUCACAGUCUCGUCGUAAGUGAUGAGUGGAGAGCGUAUGCUGGUCUCGCCACAGAGGGCUACAGGCAUGUCAGGGUGAACCACAGCCAACAUUAUGUUGACCCUCAGACAGGACUCCAUACUCAGAACCUCGAGAGAGCGUGGCAGACCUAUAAAAAGGAAAUUUGGAGAAUGCGGGGGAAUCGGUCGGAGAAGGCCUUGAAAGAGCAGCUCUGCUUUAUUGAGUGGACCUACUGGUUAGCGAGGGAAAAUUCAGAAGGUGUCCUUGGCAGGCUUGUCAAGGAAAUAAGGUGUUCCUAUCAGACAUAGGAAGCAGAGCUUGGCAUUGAUCAAAAUAGGCUGAAAUGGACAGGAGAAAGGGGAGAGUGUUUUAAUUUAUUUUUAAAAGAAAAGUUUUUGUUGUAUUUGUUCAAACGGUUUAUAGUAUGCUUGGUUCU